AGAUCAUAACUAAAACAAGCCCCAUGAAGAAACAAAACUCUGUUCCUGCACCUUAUGGCUUAUCUUAUUCAAAAUUGCAAACCAUGAAGAAGAUACCUCACGCCACCUUAUUCUCCACUCUUAACGGCCUCUCAACUCUUAAAGGGACUUUUUGACUCCAUACAUUCUACUCUUUCUCCAUACAUAUUACAGUACUACUUUAAUAUGCAUGUGUUUGAGUGUAUAUAUUAGUAUGUUUCAUGCCAUUUAACUUCACUGCUACAUUCUGCCAUGGAAUCCAACAGAAAUCCACCACAAAACACCCCAAACGACCCCAUGUCAUCCCCUUUAACUACUAUGGCUGGAAAACUGAAAACCAAUCUACGUUUUCGAUCGAAAUGGUCUGAGCUCAAUGGAGCCAUGGGGGACUUAGGAACUUAUAUUCCUAUUGUCUUGGCCUUGACAUUAGCCAAAGACCUUAAUCUUGGAACUACUCUGGUUUUCACUGGUGUGUACAAUAUUGUGACUGGUGCAAUCUACGGUGUUCCUAUGCCGGUGCAACCCAUGAAAUCUAUUGCUGCAGUGGCCAUUUCCACCCCGGAUUUUGGGAUCCCGGAGGUCAUGGCUGCUGGAAUUUGUACUGGGGCUAUUUUAUUUUUGUUAGGUGUGACAGGUUUGAUGCAGCUUGUUUACAAGCUUAUUCCUUUACCUGUUGUAAGGGGGAUUCAACUUGCACAAGGCCUUUCAUUUGCAAUGACUGCAGUGAAGUAUGUGCAAAAAGAGCAGAAUUUUGCUAAGUCUAAGUCUAGUGGGGAGAGGCCUUGGAUUGGAUUGGAUGGGAUGGUCUUGGCUCUUGUUUGUGCCAUUUUUAUAGUAGUUUUUACUGGGGCAGGUGAUGAACAUGAUGAGGAGAGUGAUGAUUUGGGUGGCGGUGUCGAAAGAUUUGAUAAAGGGAGAAGGUUGAGGAAGAUCAUAGCUUCUCUUCCUUCUGCGUUUAUAAUAUUUUUGCUAGGUGUGGUUUUGGCCUUCAUAAGAGGGCCUAAAGUUGUGAAAGAUAUUACAUUUGGUCCAUCACCUUUUGGAGUUAUUAAGUUGUCUAAGCAAGCAUGGAAGGAUGGAUUUAUCAAAGGAACAAUUCCUCAGCUGCCCUUGUCAGUUCUAAAUUCGGUUAUUGCAGUCUGUAAGUUGUCAUCUGAUCUUUUCCCGGGAAAAGAUAUCUCUGCAACAUCAGUUUCGGUUUCAGUGGGUGUGAUGAACCUAGUAGGGUGUUGGUUUGGGGCCAUGCCAUGUUGCCAUGGAGCAGGGGGACUAGCUGGACAGUACAAGUUUGGUGGGAGGAGUGGAGGUUGUGUAGCACUUCUUGGCGCAGCUAAGUUGGCUUUAGGCUUAUUGUUAGGUAGUUCCUUGGUGAAGAUUUUGAACCAAUUUCCUGUUGGGGUAUUGGGAGUGCUCCUAUUGUUUGCUGGAAUAGAGCUAGCUAUGUGUUGCAAGGAUAUGAACUCCAAAGAAGACUCCUUUGUGAUGCUUUUGUGCACGGCCGUUUCCUUGGUGGGUUCAAGUGCUGCAAAAGGAUUUGUGUGUGGUCUAGUGGUGUAUAUACUUCUCAAGUUCAGAAAAUUUGGUGGUAAAAAACGCUGUUCUAGUGUAUGUUUAAACACAAAUCCAUAACAUCUCUGUUCCCACAGACUCUAAAUUAAGACUUAUGUGAAAUAAUAAAGUUUUGUUGGAAAGUGGUCGAGAACUAUAUGUUUUCCGUGCUACCAAAACCAACAAAAGAAGUUAGAAUCAAACUUUUGAAACUUCUUUGGUGUUCUCA